UGUGACUGUCUCGGCCUGCGACCUGACCGUUGAGCUGAGCGCCAGUGCGCUUGCGGGCGUCGCCACAUAUCUGACUUCGGCGUCCGGCGACGUGGAGAUCUGCUUCGAUACAGGUACCUACGUCGAUGCGUGCACGACAUCCACACUGGCGGUGCCGGAUUCGGUCACCUCGGUCGUCCUUCGACCCUCGGUUGUCGGCGCGACCAUCGUGGUCACCUGCAACACGGCUGGCGAAAGCAGGUCGGCCACAGGACCGCUGCUGACCAUGGAGGGUUCUGACAGCGACUCGUUCUCUAUGACUGGCUUUACCUUUGAAGACUUUGGAACCGAGCCAGGCUCCGAGCUCAUUGUGCUCAAGGCCAAGGGCGUCGGAUUCGACGUUGCCCUUGAUCGCGUCGAGCUGCACAACAUGGCCAUGAGCACCACCGGUGGUGAAGCAUGCCUCGUCUGCCUCCUCCACGACGACAGCAUUACGCUCUUUGCACCCACCAUGAGCGUCGUGCUCUCCAGCUUUGCCUCGUACGGACACAAUCUUGAUGACCAGGCGUAUGUGCUAGUCAUCGGACGGAGCCCCGGAGUAGCCAAUCCGUUUGACGUGAGCGUGACUGCGACAGGCGUGUAUCUGGCUGACGGCACCGGCGCCGGAGUGCUCAUUGGAACAAGCCACAACAUUGCGAUGUGCUCCGCCACCGUCGUCGACUUCUCAGUCACCAACUGCGAUGUGUCCGGCGGCAGAAGCGAUCGCUCGCAGCUCCGGGUUCAGCAUUGCACCGCAACGCUGGCGAAUGCUUGGUUCGCGGACAACUCGGGCAAGUACGGGACCGCAAUCCAGGUCGAGAGCGCCUCGCUGACAGGGUCCAAUGUUGGGAUGGUCCGCAACGAUGCAAGCCAGCAUGCGGCUGGCCUCGAUGCUGUCUCCUCACUCGUCUCCCUGGGCAGCGGCUGCCAGAUCGUGAACAACACCGGUGCCUUGCCGGCGACCGGUCUUCACGCUGCAGACUCGAGCCUGAUACUCACUGACACCUGGGUCAGCGGCAACUCGGGCAAUGGCGCAGCGGUUGUGGCCGAGUCGACGACUGUGACUCUGUCACAGACUACGAUGGAGCGCAACUCCGGGCCGUCGGGCGGUGCGCUGCGAUUGGUCUCGACCUCAGUUGCCACCGUCACCGACUGCUACUUUAGCGACAACACCGUGACCGGGGCCGGCGGCGCGAUCGAUGUCCAAUCGGGCUCGCUCACUGUGGUCACGUCGACGUUCGAGCGCAACAGCGCGGGCGGCAAUGGUGGCGCCAUCGCUGCCGGUUCGGGUGCUGUCUCGAUCACGGGUGCGACGUUUAGCGCAAACUCAGCGGCGAGUGCCGGUGGAUGUGUCCAGAUCUAUCCCUCAGCAACGUCGGCAGACAUUGUGACCUCGACGUUUUCAGGCUGCUCCGCAGGCUCCAACGGCGGCGGCAUCCGCGCCGAGCUGGGUGGCACCAGCCUCGCGUUUGUCACCAUUGUCGACUCAACUGCCGGCGGCUCGGGCGGCGGCCUGUAUGUGGCGGCAGCCGUCAGCGUCGUCGACUCGGUGCUGAGCCGCAACUCUGCUGGAGGCAACGGCGGCGGCAUCGGAGCGUCGUCGUCGGGCUCCGGCGCGGUGUCGGCUCUGGUCAGGUGCGAGCUCGCCUCCAACGUGGCAGCGUCCAACGGCGGCGGGAUAGCGGUCUCGCGGCCGCUGGCGGUGACCAACACCUCGUUUACAAGCAACACGGCGAUAGCCGGUGCUGGUGGUGGGCUCUACACCGGCCAAGGCAGCUUAGACUUGGACACAGUAACCUUUGCGCUCAACUCGGCCGGCUCGUCGGGCGGCGGCGCGCACGUCGACGUCAACGCCACCAUUGCCGACUGUGCGUUUUUGAGCAACGGAUGUGCCACGUCGGGUGGCGGGCUCUCGCUGCGGGAGAUUGCUGCGACGCCAUCGCCGACCUUUGAAGUGAGGACGAGCACGGUGAAGGACAACUCUGCGGGAGUCGAUGGAGGCGGUGUGUCGGUUGUUGCCGACAACGCGCUCCUCCUCGCCACCGACGUGACCAUUGUGCGCAACUCGGCGACCAAAGGCUCCGGGAUGUAUAUCGAUGGCCUGCGGGCGGGCUCGCUUGUCCGUGACACGCUGGUGAGUGAGAAUGUCAUUGUCAACCCGAGCGUCGAGUCGGGCGCGGUUCACGCCCACGACACGGUUGUCCCAUUUGCCAACUCGGCCGUGUGCGACAACCGCGCGCCGUACUGCGAACCAGACACUUGGUGCGCAGUGGGCGCGACGAUGCCCGGCCUGGCCAAUGGGUGCGGCGCUGGGGCGCCGUGCUACCACGGGCUCUCGGGCUGUGCCGUCUUCCCGACGCUCACCGCCAACGCCGCGUGCACGGCGUGCCGCCCGGGAUGGUCUGGCCCGAGCUGCAACGAGCGGCUCCACUGCGCGUUGAUGGAUCUCUCGGCCGGAUGCUCGUCGGGCACCGACGCGUGCUUGAUGUGCCAUAGCGGCUACGCCCUGGUCGAUACGCUCGGCGCGUGCUGGACGUGUCCAGCCGGACGAUACUUUGUUUCAGCAUCGACAGUGUGCGGGACGUGCUCCGAGGGUUGUGCACAGUGCACCUCGGCCGUAGCCUGCAUGGCAUGCUCGCCCGGGUACCUUCUCCACAACGGGUCGUGCACCGCGAUGCCACCAACGCCGCCGCCGCCAACGGCUCUGCCGCCAACGCCGCCGCCAAACGGAGGCAACACGACGAUGCCGCCGCCGCCGGCUCUGCCGGUCACCCCGCAGCCGGUGACCCAGAAAGAGGAAGUCGCCAGCGACGUGCUUGGUGGGAGCGUGGCGACCAUGCCGCCGGUGGUGGCGCUGUAUGUCAUUGCUGGAGCAGCGAUUUGGCUCAUUCUAAUCGGGUGCUACAGGCGCGAGUCGAUGGCCCGCAAGUAUGCGGCUGAUCCCGAGCGGUGGCUUGGUCUCCCGCCGGCGUCGUACGCGCUGCGCCAGCACUCGCUGCUCGGCAUUGUGCUGCGAAGCGAGAACGACGCGUUUCCCGCGGCGGGCGGCUAGCGCUCCUUGUCUUUUCGGUCAACGUCCUCUUCCUUGUCACGGCCAUCAUGCCGCUCAUCAACUCGUCAUCGUACAAGGACGACGAUGCGGUGCUCUCGCUCGACCGGGCGCUCGACAUGGUCCUCACGGUUGCCGUCUCGGCUGUUGUCUCCUUCAUUGCCCUCGGCCCGCCGCUCAAGCGCGCGCUACAGGCGCGCGGCGCUGAAGCCGGAAACAGCGGCAGGGAAGGCAGCUCGGCCAUUGCACUCGCCGUCGUCAUCAACGGUGUUCUUCUCGGCUUCAACGGCGUUAUCCUCUUCCUCCCGCUCGCCACCUCGCUCUUCCCGUUCGAGCCGGCGUCGAUCGCCUCGAUGUUUGCCUCGUCGCUCCUCGUGCAGUGGCUCGUGUCCGAGAACCUCGCCCGCCUCGCCACCUACUACGCGCUCGGCGCCAAGGCCGUCCCCGUCACGUACGGCGGCAACGGCGGCUCGUGCGUGCCCGCCAACGUCAUCACCGCCGCUGCUCCCCAGUCAAGUCUGGCGCCGCGCAGCGGCAACAGCAGCAUCGAGUUGGCGCCCAAGAGCACCGGCGGCCUGUUUGGCACUGCCACACUGCAACCCGCGGACGACCAGGCCACUGAGGGCACGCAAGUGCAGCAGACAGAGAUGGAGAACCUGCACCAGAUCUUUGACGCGCUGCAGUAUUUGGAGCAUGUGGUCGACUCGGUCUUUGCCAAGGUCGGCUCGGACGUCAAGCGGCAGAAGCGGCGGGUAGGACGGAUGGCCAAGCGGGUGGCUGUCGCGCGCAACAAGAUCAAGCACCUGGCCAACUCGACCGAGGCGACCCGGAUCCACUCGCCAGCCCACUAUCCGGGGCGCAAGGACUACGAGCGGGCGCACAUGCUGCACGAUCCGUUCCGCCCGCUCUUGCUCAAGCGCCGCAGGCACAUGAUGGGUCCCAUGCGCGAAGUCGACUACGAUGCCCGCCUCGCAAACGCCGUCGACGUCGACCUCGUGCAGAAGCACGUGACGGAGGCCAAGUCGCGCGAACAGAUCGAGCUCGAGGGCCUCGGCCGCCUGCCGGACAACAUCACCUCAGUCUCGUCGCUCCUGCUCUACAACUCGACCGAAAACCCGUACAAGGCAUACGUGUCGACCGACAACCUGCUCGGCGACGACGCGUCGGUCCCGGUCAAGCCCGAGGUCCUCAUCGGCGCCGCGCCCGAGUCCAUCGCCAACGGCCCGCAGCGGACGCAGUACGGCGAGACCACGUUCAUCUACCACCCAAAAGUCGGCGAGCUGCCGCCGUCGCGCCUGCCCGACGUCGUCACAGGCCUCGCCAACAUUGCUACCGACGUCAACUUUGUGUCCGAAGCGCCGCAGCCCAUGGGCCCUGCCGCCAACAACGCACCCGUCCUCCCCACCGUCAAGGAGAUCAUUCCUGAGCCCUCGGUCCGCCAGCCCAACCUUCGCGACCACUACCGUGGCCGUAUCUUUGACCAGCCGCCGCCGCCGCCGGCAGACCACGCCCGCGUCUCGGCCGCGGCCUCGUCCGGCCGCGUCAGCCGUCCAUCCGGCUCUAAGCCGAGCGGCCUCACUGAUGCACCUGCCAAGCGGCGCCCGCCGACCAAGGUUGCAGCGCCGCAGCCCAUGGAAGUGGCGCCCGCCGUUGAGCAGGGUGUGGCAGCAGAGGCGGACGCUGGCGUGGUGCCGGUGGUGGGCGCCCAGCACGAGGUCGGUGCAGCUGCCCAGGCGCCGGUGGCCAGGGAUACGCAGGCGCAGAACCCGGUCGAUCCGGCGGCGGCAGCAGCAGCCGAGGCCGCAGCACAGGCGGCGGCGGCGCAGGCGGCCGAAGCCGCAGCGGCAGCAGCAGCAGCGGCGCAGGCCGAGGCGCGGGCGGCAGCAGCAGCGGCGGCGGCGGCGCAGCACCAGCACCAGCAGCACGCCGCCGCCGCCCACCAGCACCAGCAGCACGCCGCCGCCGCCCACCACCAGCAUAUGCACCACGCGUCGCAGCAGGAUGUGGGGAUGGUGCAAAUGCCGAUGUCCGGGCACAUGGCGUCGCCCGGGUUCUACACGCCGUUCCAGGCGCCCAACGUGUACCACCAGUAUGCGCAGGCGGCGCAGUACUCGUCGCCAUACCCCGUGGCUGUGCUUCCGCAGACGCAAUUGAUGCACCCUGGCUCGAUGAACCACGCCAUGCAGCACGGGCACCAGUCGUACAACUACGGCGGGAAUGGGUACGCCACCGGGCAGGCGCCGAUGGGCAUGGCUGCGGGCACUGCGCCUGUGCCGAUGAACGAGGUCGUCGAACCGCAUGAGAUUGUCGAGGAGGAGGUUGUUGUGUCUGACGAGGACGAGGCCGACGCUCCGGGCAAGCUCCAGUCGCUCCUCCUCGCUGCCGAAGUCUGUCUCCGCGGCGAGCAAGAGAGCGAGCGGCUGCGGUCGGAGCAGGAGGCCAAGCUGGCCCGGGAGCGCGGCUCCGAGUCGGAGAGCCGCAAGCGCAAGGCCGCACCAGGCACCGCCUUUCGGCGCCGCAAGAAGCUCAAGCCCGCCGCUGAGCACUCCAAGUUCCUUGGCCUCGUCAAGCAGGAGACUACUCUCGAUACGCUCGACAACACCGCCGCCCUCGACAACCUCAUGCGCCAGGCCGAGGCCCUCAUGCAGGCCAACUCGUCGGCCGAAAAGGUCUUUGCGAACUCGCACAAGCUCUUCCGCGACCUCAUCGAGCCCGACCGCGACAACUCGACGCACGUCCAGAUUCUGGCUCUCGUCGAGAACACGGUCGACAAGCUCCGCGCCUCGCGCAACCUCCUUGCCGUCAUCACCGACCGCAUCCAGGGCUCCUCGGGCCUGCUCUGCAAGCACCGCAACAAGAUCCUGGACAUGUUUGAGCAGAUCCCGGGCGAGUAGCCCGCGUAACCUGGCAACUCUAUCUGCCCAUAAACUGCAAACUCUGCCA